UCAAUCACACCAUGAAACACCAAGCUAAACAAGAAAAUCAUAAUCUUCCCUCCCACCAUUGAUCAUGGCUUCCAAAAAACAAGUUCUCAUUCUCCUUCUCCCUCUCCUCACACUGUCCUCCAUCAUCAAGCCCUCCCAUGCCAAUGACCGUUUGACAAACGCCAAUAGCGGCAAAGUCGCUGUCUACUGGGGACAAAAAAGUGAAUCCGGUGAAGGGAACUUAACUACUACAUGCGACUCCGAUCUCUACAACAUCGUCGCCCUCGCAUACCUUCAUGUGUAUGGCAACUCAACAACCUUAGUAUUGAGCAACCAUUGUCCUUCCGGCGAUUGCAAAGCCCUAGCAUCGGAAAUUCAACAUUGUCAAAACAAAGGCAUCCAAGUCUUUCUUUCCCUUGAAAUUGACGCCAUUGAUGACCCAAAUUCCCUGGGAAGCUAUCUUUACGAUGAAUUCCUUAGCGGCGAAUCGGAAUCUGGCCUUCUUGGACCGGUGGCCUUAGACGGCAUUGAUCUUGCCAACCUUGAUCAGAGCACUGAGUCAUGGGUCGACCUUGUGAAGGCAAUCAAUGGUUCGACCCAAGAAAGAAAGAUUUACAUAUCAGGAGCUCCACGUUGCGAACUCACAAACUUCGACAGCGCAAUCGCUACUGGUCUUGUGGAUUAUCUUUUUGUUUAUACUAUGGCCAAUACGCGACGUGCGAAUAUUUAGGAAAUGGCGACUUCACGGGGCUUCUUGAAUCAUGGCCGAUGUGGACGUCCAAGGAAGGUGUAGCUGAUCAUACCUCUGUGUUCUUGGGGUUAGUAGCGUCAGAUGACCCAGCUGCAGCAUCCAGUGGUUACAUAUCACCAGAACAGCUCGAGUCUGUGGUUUUUCCGAACGUGACUGAAUCCUCAAACUUUGGUGGAGUGAUGAUAUGGAACAGGUACUAUGAUGAGCUAACAAGUUAUACUACUGAUAUUAAGGAUGCUUCUGGCAUGAAAGUUUGUAAAUAUGUUCGUCGUGUUCCUGCCUCAAGGAAAUUCAGAAGUUUCUUGGCCAAAUCUGUGUAAGAUGGGAAGGGAUGUAAUAAUAGCUUGACAUAGCUAUAUCUAUGUCUAGCUACAGCUAGGCUUGCAUGCCAGUGUGACUGUAUGAUCCAUGCAUGUUUUACUAAAACCAUGUAAUGGAUAUCUCCCUUUAAAUAAAGAUCUACUUUUGUAAA